AAUGGGAUCGCACCCAUUGAGCGAAUUCCGACUUUACACAUCUUUCGUUAUAACUCAAAACUAUUCAAAAGUAGGCACAUUAUCGAUUCGCGUGACCUACAUACGAAGAUUCAGCUGACGACAAGCUUUGGAGAGAGCACGCGGCAAGUUGUCUAAUUUUGCAAAGCUGCUUUUUCUGCUGAAUGCGACCAAUGAUGGUGGAACGCUUCCUCGAUAUCGCCCCGAUGACGGCUCUUGACAUCGAAGCAAUGUCGGUGACAUCAUAAUCGUAAACUGCCAUAAUCACAUGAGUCAGUGUGUCACGGUGUAACGUGUCAAGUGUGUUAACAGAUCAUGAUGGGACAGUUCAAUACCAUUCCUUCAAGUCCUCGUGUCAUGUUCGAUGAGGAGAGUGACAAUGGUUUGGUACUCUGUCAUAAAUAUCUGCCAGUCGAAAUUCUGAUGGAGAUCUUUUGCUAUGUUGACUGCAAGACUUUGAUGAAUUGCCAGUUGGUAUGCAAACGCUGGAAGGCGCUGAUGAAUUACGUUUGGCACAAGAAGACUGAACGAGCGCUGGCCAAACCGUUUCCAUGGAACGACAAAAUCCCCUGGUCCGUAUUUUAUUUCGCAUGCACUAAAAAGCCAUAUGAGAGGAACCUGCUGAGAAAUCAUUCCGGUGCAGAAGGCAUGCAUCACUGGCAAUUGGGUUUCAAUGAUGGUGAUCGUUGGAAGAUUGAGGAGCCUCCCAUCGGUGUGCCAGAACUGCCACAAAUUGAACCAAUGUUUAAAGAUAGACAGAUUUGUUUCACAACAUCUUACCAACGUUGCUCCAAAAUGCAAGAAAUCUAUCUGACGAGUGAAGGGAUCCAUCCAUAUAUUCUAGACAUUUAUCAACCACCUAUAGUGGUGAGCGAAUGGUACAGCUGUCGAUGGGACUGUCCAGCAAAAUAUCAAUUGGAAGUUAAAUUAAUUGAUAUUAAUAAUAAAAAAAUGGAUAGGUUUAAAUUUGAAGAUAUUCUAGAAGGAGAGAAACAAAAUCGAUGGCUGCAAGUUUCACAUGUAUUUGAAAACUAUGGAUCAGGUCUUAGAAUUAUCUCCUUUGAACACAGUGGGAAAGACAAAUUGUAUUGGGCAGGACAUUAUGGUAGUAAAAUGGCUGGAGCAUGUGUUUCUGUGAAAAUUCCUCAGAAUAUAUAUUUUCACUCGCACUGCAAACAGAAACAGGUAUUACAAAAGACAGAAAGAUCAAAUUAGAGAAGUUAGUUUAUAAAUGAGGGUUUUUUCUUUGCUUUUUUAAUCAAAAGUUUUGUGUAA